UUUACUUCACAUUUCCACCCGAGAAGUUUGUAAAGUAUUAUUUUGAUUUUAAACUAUCGUUUUAAACAAGGUUGUUUCGCACCGUGAAAUAAACACAAAAAGAACGUUUCUGGAGUCUUUUACACACACUGAGAAACAAGAUUAGCAUUGCAAUGGAAGUUGACGAAAACUUGGUAACGAGUAACGUUGGUGGCUCCGUGUGGCAAGUGGAUGAUAUGAAGAGGCUUCAUCGAUUCUUAGUGCUCGGCAGUGAAAGUCCUACCUACUAUAUCACAGACGGAGAGUUGCAGAAAGAAAAUGCGAGAGUGGUUAGCAAUCUUAUGCAGGCAGGACGCGGCGUAGAAGUCGUGAAUGAAAUUCGGGAAUAUAGCGUUAAAGGACGAACAAUAAAACAAAACCCUAUUAUGUUUGCAUUAGCACUGUGUGCUCGGCAAGGAGAUUUGGCGACAAAACGCAGAGCAUAUGAGGUUCUUCCAGAAGUAUGCCGUAUCCCUACUCAUCUUUUUAUGUUUGUUGGGCUCUGUGAAAAGCAUAGCAUUCCUGCUCCAGGGGCUGGGCCAAAUGCAACUGCAACUGGUUGGGGAAGAGCUCACCGUAAAGCCAUUAAGAAAUGGUACAUUACUAAAUGCAAAAAACCAUUGGCGCUAGCAAUGAAUGUUACAAAAUACCAGAAACGAGAAGGCUGGUCUCAUCGCGAUGUUGCUCGAUUGAUGCAUCUGAACCCCACUGGAACAGACGUCACUCGACUUGUGGGACCAGAAGAGCCCGAGAAUUUCUCUGAUGGUCUGUCUAUCAUAAUGAAAUACAUUGCCCGAGGCUGGAGUGAAGUGACUGAGACCUAUGCCAAUCGUGUUGCGAACCAAGAAAUUGGACCAGAUGCAAGGAACGUAUUUAACUUUUUGAAAGCUGUUGAAGAUGUGAAAACAAUGACAGCUGAAAAUGAGUCAGAUAUUAUUGACCUAAUCCUGCAGUUUCAUCUUGUUCGUGAACACAUACCUACUAGCUGCUUGUCUCUGAUUGGGGUUUGGAGAGCUUUAUUAACAAAUAUGCCAAUGAUGGCAAUGAUUCGGAAUCUUGGCAAGAUGACAUCUGUUGGGCUCCUAUGUGAAGGUGGUGCAGAAUUGACACAAGUUUGUGCCAAAUUAAAAGAUCAUAAGUUGUUGAGAAAUGCACGAAUCCAUCCAUUUAAUGCUUUGGUAGCAAUGAAGACCUACAUGGAUGGUCAUGGAGAUAGAGGAAAAUUAAGAUGGAAGCCCAUACAAAAAAUAGUUGAUGCACUAGAGUCUGCAUUCUACUUUUCCUUCAAGCUUGUUGAAUCAACCAAGAAGAGAUAUUUGUUAGCUCUUGAUGUUAGUCGUUCAAUGAGCUAUGUUGGUGUUGUUGGCUCUCCUUGCAUCACACCUCGUGUUGCAUCAGCAGCCAUGUCUAUGGUUGUGGCAAAAACAGAGGAGACCCACAACUUUGUUGCUUUUUCACAUAAAAUAGAGCCUCUGGUCAUUGACAGAGAUAUGUCCUUGGAUGAUGUGCUUUUGAAUUUAGAGCAGAUUAAAAUGGGAGGCACAGACUGUGCAUUGCCAAUGUUGUAUGCAAUAGAGAAAAAUCUCAAGGUUGAUGUAUUUGUUGUGUACACUGAUUGCGAGACAAUGGCAGGACCAACACAUCCAGCAAACGCUCUAAGGCUGUAUCGUGAGCAUUCUGGUAUCAGAGAUGCCAAACUGAUUGUGGUUGCUAUGACCUCAAAUGGUUUCACUAUUGCAGACCCGGACGACCAGGGAAUGUUUGACAUAGUUGGUUUUGAUGCUGAAGCACCGAACGUCAUGAGGGAGUUUAUUCUUGGAAAUAUAUAGAACCAGGCAAGAAAUCGUAAGUACAUGUUGAGUGCUUUGGAUGAAUAUUUUCCUGCUGAAUCAUUUGUGAACUUUCUCAAAUGGGAACUCCUGAAUAAGCAUAUUUUGUAAAUCAUGAAAGCUGACUAACUUAAUCUAAAACUGUAGUACCUAGUUUUAGUACCAUUCAUGUUAUUGUUAUGAUGCAAUGGUAACUCUUAUCUCUGAAUUACGUGAUUUUUAAUCAUCACCCUUUCAUCAUCUUUCACAAUCAAACCAUCGAAUCAAACAAGUUGUCCUCGCGCACUGAUCUACAGAUACAGUGUAUUACUGGAUGACGGAAAACCCAUGAUUAUUUUCAUAACGGGCAUAAAAAAUUAUCUGAAAAAUUAAAACCAAGCGUUAAGUUAAAUAAUCUGCUCCAUUCUAUUAUUGAAUAAUAGCAUAAAGGCUAUUAUUAAUGCAUAAAUGAAAUAAUAACACAAAUUAAGCAUAAAACCUGCGUUGUGACGUAGUUCGCGGACAAAGCCUAUAUCUGAUUGGCCUAUGCGUCUAUAAUAGUUGGCCAAUCAGGAGCAUGAUGUCCAAUCAGAAGCAGGUCCGCAAUCUACGUGACAGUCCACGUUAUUACGAAAGAUGUUUUUGAUGGGAACAAAAUUUAAUCACAACAAUAAUCACAACACUUUAAAGCUGCCCUGAGUUAUCAGCCAAAUUGUUGUAUCGAUAAUUUUGAUGUCAUUUGGGCUUGAUACGAAGUAUUACACAAAGUUUAAUAUGCUAAGUAAUCUUGUUUAAUCUUUGUCAUCAGUUUUCCAGCAUUUGACGUAUUAUCGGUGAUUAUCAGUGAUUUUCGUUGUGUCAUAAUGUGCCCAUUGAUGACUUUCAUUUCGAAAUUCAAAGACAUAAGUCAGUGCUAAAUUUUUAAAAGUUCAGAGCUUAGAGGUGAUGAAAAAUUGUCACGACAUUCAAUAUUAUAUUAUUAAUAGUAAGUAACUUAGGGCAAACCAGUGCUAAUUUUUGGAUAAUAUGGAAAUAAUUAUCUGUACAACAGAUUUUGCAUUCCCAUCUACAAAACUAUCAGUAUAAUGUAUUGUUUGCGUCAUGUGUAAAACAUCUUAUGUAAAGUCAUAUUAUAUAUUGUCU